AUGAACAACAGCACAGAAUCAACCAUCGACAACAGCGACACUUGGCCUGACUGGAGGCUUCUGUCCAGCCAGCUAGAUGGAGUGUCACCAACCGAAGCAUUUACAUGCCGUCUGCGCGUCCAACACUCAGCCAACCAGAGCUCCCAACCAGAGCGAUGUCGCCUAUGUGCCAUCAUCUGGUUCUGCGUCAAUCGCGGAGAAUACCGAUCCAUCACUCGUCUGAAUGAGCCUGUCAGGGCCUGCUUGGCAGCGAGGGAGCAUGAGCUUGCACGCAAACUUGCCUCUUUCAUCGACCACAACAGACGGUCAUUCCCAGGAGACGGCGGAAGACGGGCCGGGCUCGAACGAAUCCUCGCAAGGAGGCUUGAUUUGCCCACGCUACGUCGCAUGCCCGCAUAUCCUAGUGAUUUUGCAGAGGCUUACGAU